AUGCAUAUCCGCCAGAGCGUCUCAAGCCUCCUUCGCCGAGCUGAUUUCUCGUAUCUCGUGGAGCACGUCGCAGCCCAGCGAAAUCUGAAUCGUGUGCAGAGCCGCCGCAUUCUUCCUGCGCCGCCCGGCGGCGUCGGUAGUAACAGUGGCAGGAAGAAAAAAGAGAGAGAUGGAGAACAAAGAGAACGAGUUCGCCGUCGUGAAAACGACCCGUUCAUCAAUUCUGGGUCAACCAAGCCGGACCGCGACGACGUGAGCUACCCUCGCUGGAACGAGAAGGUUGUCGUCGAGAUGCCAAUGCCGACCGAUUCGGUGACAUUGGAAGUCCGAUCUGGAAACAGAGUGGUCGGAGCGGCGACCGGCGGAGUUUUUACUGAGAUUGAGCCUUGUUAG